AUGGACCAGAAUUCCUACAGUCCAAACAGGAAGAAACCUCUCGAGAAGAGAUCGUGUACGGAUUGCUUGUGCUUCAUCGGUUUCAGCUUGUUCAUAGCUUGCUGGGUGGCGUUGGCCAGUUAUGCUUAUCAAAACUCAGACUUGGAGCUGUCACCGUCAGAUUCAAACGGUCAAGUAUGCGGUCGAAACAAGAACGUGUCGAAGAAUCCAUACCUGUUCUUUUUCGACAUAACCGAAUGUACGUCGCCGAUGAUUUUCGUCCACAGGUGCCAAACUCCUCAGGUAUGUGUGGAAAAUUGUCCAAACACGGAUUGGUCCGUCAAAGAAGUGUUGGACACCAAAGACUCUCAAGUCGACUGGCCGGCCGUACAGAAGGCUCUGAUAUGCGUAUCUCCUGAUCUCAACAAAUUGGUCAAUUCGAAAGAAGUGCUGAAAAACUUUACAUCGUCCAACCAAUGUGCCAAAUAUUACACUAAGAGUGAAAACCUAUUUAAUUAUUGCAUUCCUACGCUGAGCGGUGACCCGGAGAGUCUGAAACAAAUUCUGAAUUCCAACAAUAUCAUGAUGAGCAACUUUAUCGACGGUACUACUAUGGUCGAUUGGUUAAAAGUAUCAAAAGAAACCAGUCUACACAUAAUAGAAGAUUUGGAAAAAAGCUAUGAACACAUUUUUGUUGGUCUGCUCAUUGCCAUCUUCUUCAGUCUCACUUACAUUCUACUGCUAAGGUGGUUCAGUUGGAUAAUGGUUUGGAUGUCAUUGUGGGCUAUCGUGGGUCUAUUAGGUUUUGGUAGCUACGAAUCGUACGCGAGAUACGUGGCUUUCGGUGACGCCGAUCCCGUUUCUACGAUGACGGAAGACGGAGAACCGACCGACAUUGCUACUGGCGGCGGCCGGCAGAGUUGGUCCAACUACGCAAACGCCAAACUGAACAAAAAGUCUACUUGGCUGGUGUUCACCAUCGUGUCGACCGUCGCGCUGGUUGUUUUGCUGUUGAUAAUCAUAUUCUUACGCAAACGGAUACGACUGUCCAUAGCGCUCAUCGUGGAAGGAAGUCGAGCGAUACUCGAGAUAAAAACAUCACUGGCGUUCCCGAUUUUUCAAUGGCUUUUAUACUUGGUGGUGCUUAUUUGGUUUUUCGGUGUUGCCAUUUACCUGUCGUCCAUGAAAUUGUACGUGUUUAAAGUCAAAGGCCUCGCCAACGACCACCAAUGUGUGUGCAACAACAGUUACUACAAGGACGGUGACUGGUGCACUGAGUCCAAAUGGGAAUGGUACUGCAGUGCGACCGACCAAAACAAUACCAUGUGCAAAUUUGCAAAAUGUGCAUACGACCACAGCGUGUCACAGGACUUCAUCACUGGACUUCAGCUGUUUAACGUGUUCGGAAUGUUGUGGUUGAUGAACUUCGUGUCGGCCUUCUCCCAAAUGGUGCUGGCCAUCACGUUUACCUCAUGGUACUGGACGUUCCACAAGAGGGACUUACCGUUCUUCUCUCUCACGAGUUCCUUCUAUAAAACAAUCAGAUACCACUUGGGAACUGUCGCUUACGGGUCUCUGAUCAUCGCCAUCUGCAACUUUAUACGUGCAAUACUCGAAUGGGUGGAAACCAAACUAAAGAAGUACGACAAUUCAUUCACUCGAGCCAUAUUCACAUGCAUGCGGUGCUUCUUUUGGCUACUGAACAAGUUCUUGCGGUUCGUCAACCGGAACGCGUACAUCAUGUGUGCCAUGUACGGGAAGAACUUUUGCACUUCGGCAAAACAGGCGUUCGACCUGUUGUUGAGAAACGUCAUGCGAUUAGUAGUUCUAGAUAAGGUGACUGAUUUUAUAUUUUUCGUUGGCAAAAUCGUCAUCAUGGGCACCACCAUCGCGGCAUUUUAUUUCGGGUUCUACGAACCACUAGAGCCGAUCAGAAAGUUUGAGUUCUUCAACCAGCCCGUCCUCAAUUACAAGUGGCUUCCAAUGGUCAUCAUAGCCGCGAGCUCUUGGGUGAUAUCGUCCACGUUCUUCCAUGUGUAUUCAAUCGCGGUCGAUACUUUGUUCCUAUGCUUUUUGGAAGACUCUGAACGCAACGACGGAUCAGCUGAUCGUCCGUACUUCAUGUCACGGAAAUUGAUGAACAUACUGGGAACGAAAAACGUGCUGUAAUUUUCAACGCGUUGACAAAGCGAUAUGAUUUAUAUAAUAUGUUUAACAUAUCAUCCAUUGUAUAUGCGAUCAUGCAAUAUACAUAAACCCAUAUAUAUUUGUGCUACCCACCGCCGACGCCGCCACGUGUGUUCGUAAAAAAUAUAUAAAUAUUAUUUACCCUAAAUAAUAUAUUAUAAUAUACAUAUACGACAUACGUACAUGUCGUAUACGGUUUCCUCCCCCCCACCAACCAUGAUAAUAUUAUUAUAAUUAACUAUAUUUUAUUUAAUAAUUUUUGUAUUUUAUCGUAAUAUAAUAAUAUAAUAUAUAAGCAUGAAAACUACACAGAGUGAUUAUUUUAUCGUGGACCAUCAUAUGCUAGAAUACUUAAAUAAAUCACAACUAUUAUUAUUAUUCUCAUCAAUAUCCAACAACAUAUUAUUUUAGACUUUUUUAUGAUUAUUAUAUUAUCAGUAUAUUUUGUUCUUGAACGUUAAAAAAUCCCUGUAUCUUCUAACAUAAUACCAGAUGGCUCACGAUAAAAAAGACAUUACUGUGUAGGUAGCGUGCGUUGCUUAUCACGUUA